GGGACAAUGACUAACAAAGGUUGAGGCCAGGAGGGGUACACAGAAUGUAGGAUAUAUUGCAGGGGGAGUUCCUACUUGCACAAUUCAGAAAAGCUGGUGUUGUUGGGAAGGAUCCAGAUGGCACAGGCUGUGAAGUACUCUUUGAAAUGAAGAACGUCAGCAUGCAAAGCAACAGGGUGGUCCAGUUGUUUCUUGGCCAGAGUCUGUUGGUGACCAUUCAUGCAGACUAAUAGCUUGUUGGGUGUUUGGUCAGUUUUGGUGUGAUCUCCCUAUUUCAUUUGUAUAUGUUCCUAUCAAAAACUGCUUAGAACUCAUCUCCCAGUUAUUGUAUAGUACAGUUGUUGGAUUGUUUAAGCACACGUUAACACCAUUGUGUUUUCUAGAUGGUGGUCAGUAUUUCAACUAGUUGGACAGAGUGGUGAUGGGAAGUCUGUUAGCUCCACCUAUAGGCAACCUUUUUAUGGAGAAAUUUGAAGACUUUGCUAUGGACAUGGCUGCAGAUAAACCAGAUUGCUUUUCUUUUUGUUGAUGACACCUUUAUCAUCUGGCUUCAUGGAUGUGAAAAACUGGGAGAAUUCUUAGAACACCUGAACGGUAUUCAUGACCAGCAUAAUUGAAGUUGAGAUGAAUGGUGCAUUGCCCUUGAUAUUCUCAUUUGCCAGAUGGCCAAUGGAUGCCUCAGCUACAGUGUGUACAGGAAAUCUACACAUGCAGAUCAGUAUCUGCAUGCCCUUAGCCACCACCAUUGGCACAAAAAUGCAGCAUUCUCAACACCCUUAUCCACUGUGCUGAAGUCAUCUCACACUAGAAUUAACCACCUCUGAAAAUUCUUCCAGGAAAAUGGCAACAAUCAGCACCAGUAAUGCCAGAUAUUUCUGGUGGGACACAAAGGCAGAACACUGCCAAAGAAGAGAACAAGGAACUUGCUUAUUUGCCUUUCUGUGGUACAGUGUCAAGAAAGAUUAGUCAGUUCCUGAAGAGACACAUCUCAUCAAUGUUCAGGGCCCCAGGAAAAAAAUAUGACAGCUCAUGAGGUCUGUGAAGAAUGAUUUGGGACUUAGAAUGUCUGCAGUGUGCAAAAUACCACACCAAUGUGGCUGCUAUUACAUUGACCAAACAGCCCACACUGUGGAGCAAUGCUGGACAGAACACAAGAGCAGAUAUCCUGAAAAAUCGGCUAUGGCAGAAUAUGGUUUUGGAAAAACAACAAAAAGUUCUAUUUGAUGAAACAUCUCUCAUUAUGAAGAUGAAGGGAUUUUGGGAUAGCAUCAUAAAAAGUAGUAGGAAUAUAAAUAUCGGAAAAUGCCACCAACAAGGAUGGUGGUUUGCAGAUGAAGAGAGCACCAGUGACAUCAGAAAUCACAGCCACCAGUGCAGCUAUAUAAGAGCAAUGCCACAUCAUUCACAGUAGUUACUUACCACUUGACAGUGGCCGAGGAGAGCUCAGUUGAGAGCUCAUGAGAUUUUAAUCAUCUGACACACACGGUAGCCCGAGAAGAUUUUUUAAUUCAUAUUACUCUGAGACCAUGCAUUAAUACGAAGUUUUGUAUGUCUCCAAUGGGAGAUCUAUAUAGGCAUACCACAAUUGUUUUGCAUUAUGAUAAUUCAGUGUCUGAUAUUUUAAAAUACUUUAUAUUAUUUAGUGUAUUAAGUGGAACUAGAUGUUUGUAAGGUCUUCAUUUUUCAACAAAGAUGCAGUUUCCAUCAAUGUGGAUUUUUGUUCUCCAAGUGUAAGCUGCCAGUUCAUAGUUGGUAUUGCAUUCUCUCUUAACCAUGCUCAUUCACAGUACUGAAGAAUCAUUGAAUUAUGGGUUGCUUGAUUGAGCUCUUACCUUUGCUUUGCCUUCUGAGUCCUAUUUCUUAUGAAAGUCUUUGAGCACAUGACUUAUUUUACUGGGGUACAGAAAUCUAUCAUUUUUCUGUUCUUAUUUAAAUUGUCACCUGCUUCAUUAAAAAUGAGUUUCCUUAUUUUAAUUUUAUGUAUUUAUUUAUAAUUUAUUUGAUAAAAGUACACACAUCUGGAAAUAGUUUAUUGCAAGUUUUAAAGACUAACCUAUUCAGAUGCAUUCCACUUUUUGCUAGACACUUACUGAUAACUAAUUUAUUAAGAUGUAAAAAUACUGCUCCUAAAGUAUCACACUGUUCUUACACACAGUCAUUUAUCUUGUCUCUGUAGCUGUUACCCACUGAUCUGUGCAUAAUUUCACUCAUUACUAUAUCCUGGAUAGACUUAUUGGUGUUCUAAUUACAUUUCUUGUUUUGUUUGUGAGCUUACUUUCACUGCAGCUGCAAUGACCAUUCACCCCAUAUGCACAAAGAGAUAAGUGCUCUGGUGCAAAGGCAUUGCAAAAAUUAGAAACAUAGCAGUACCUCAUAAACAACUUUAGAAAUUAUUUGACGUUUAGCUUCAAGAAUUUAAAAAUCCUGUUAGCAAGAUGAAACACAUCGUAGUUCAUUGUAAAGAUGCAGGACAAGUUGCAAUAUAUUGUAACAGGACUCAAUAUUUAAUGAUAUAGGAGAAGUGGUUUCUCUGUAUUCUUUACUUCCUGUCAACUGCUGGUCAAACAUUCUGUCAAGAUGAUAUCCACAAAGGCAGUAAUCAUUGGUGCGGGAGCCUCAGGAAUCGCUGCAGCUUGUCGUCUCCUAGAGCGAGGAAUGAAUGAUUUUGUGGUUCUGGAAGCAGAGGACCGCAUUGGUGGACGGGUACACAGUGUAGAUUUCUGUGGCAACAUAGUUGAUCUUGGGGCACACUGGGUGCAUGGUGAAAAAGGAAAUGUAGUUUUUGCAUUACUUAAAGAUCUAAACAUUCUUCAGACGUCAGUUACAAGUAUUACGCAAGAUAAUGUUAUGUUUGUGGAUUCAUCUGGAAAGCCAGUAGCACCUGAAAAACUAGCAAAAAUAUAUGGUAUCCUAUCAGAAAUUGAAGAAAACAGUAAAAGUGGCUUGAAAAAUUUCUGGGGAUCUGUUGGGGACUAUUUCACAAGGGAAUUUCAGAGACAAAUUACACAACCAGGAUUAAUUUCUGCAGAAGAUCUACCUCUUGCAUAUUCUUUCCUCGAGUGGUAUUCCAAAUUUGAACAAUCGAUUGAUGGUUCUGAUAGCUGGUUCCAAACAUCUGGAAAGGGUCUCACAGAGUACUGGGAAUGUGAAGGAAAUCCGCUUUGGGCCUGGAAACAUGGAGGCUACAGAAACAUUUUGGAUGUUUUGAUGAAAAAGUAUCCAAAUCCUGACCAAGAACUUCCUUUGAAGGAACGUUUACAACUUAGUAAGGAAGUAACAAAAAUUGAAUGGGAUUCAUUGCCUAAUGAAAUCAGAGGGAAAGUUAUUGUCAGUUGUCUUGAUGGAUCACAGUAUAUUGCAGACCACGUUAUUGUGACUGUUUCUCUUGGUGUGCUUAAGGCACAAGCAAAGGCAAUGUUCAGUCCCCCAUUACCUGCUUACAAGAUGAAUGCUAUUAAGGGGCUAUCCAUUGGAACAGUAAACAAGGUGUAUAUGAAAUUUUCUCAUCAGUGGUGGCCAGAAGAUUGUAGUGGUUUUGGAUUUUUGUGGAAUGCAGAGGAUAAAGCUGGAUCAGAAACAUCUGGAGGUGAUGAGCAGAAUUGGUUGAAGGAGGUGUUCACAUUUAAUACUGUUGAUAAUCAUCCUCUUUGUUUGUGUGGCUGGAUUGUUGGUCCUGAGGCUCGAAAAAUGGAACUUAUGUCUGAUACAGAAGUCUGUGACAGUUUAAUGAGUUUGCUUAAGCGUUUCCUUGGAAAGCAUUUCAAAGUGCCAUAUCCUGAAAAAAUAUUGAGGUCAAGUUGGACAGCAAAUCCCCAUUUUCGUGGGUCCUACAGUUUCCGAAGUUUGGAUACAGAAAGAUAUGGUACAAAUGCUGCUAGUCUGGCAAAACCAAUAUCCAACACUGAUGGCAAUCAGGUUUUACUGUUUGCUGGAGAGGCCACACAUGAUCACUACUACUCUACUGUUCAUGGGGCAAUAGAGACAGGCUGGAGGGAGGCUGACCGAAUUCUUAAUGAGGCCAGAUUAUUUAAGAAAUCAUCUCUCUGAAUUUGCCAGAUGAACCUGUCUGAGACAACCCAAGUAACUUCAUUGGCAUCCAAGUGCUGUGAUACACAGUUUUCCAAAUAUUUGCUUAAUAAUGUUAUGUAACUCUGUUUGAGACCUUCAAAUUUAAUAAAUAUACAAUUCCAUAAACAGAAA